AUGGUCAAAAGCUCUUAUAGUAAAGGUGUAUGGCAGAUCGUGGGGCUCAACUUCCUCCAUAAUAGGCUCCUUUCCUUAUGGAAACUGGCUGGGAGGUUGGACUGUGUUGACUUGGAGCAUGGGUUCUAUCUCACCCACUUCUCUCUGAAAGAUGAUUAUGAAACCAUUCUCAAAAAAGGUCCUUGGUUCAUUGGAGAAAACUUCCUCUCCAUUAGACCUUGGGAGCCAGACUUUCGCCCGGCAUCGGCAAACAUCACUUCAAUUGCUGUUUGGAUAUGGCUAAAAAAGUUACCAAUGGAAUACUAUAAUCCUGAGGCCCUCCUGCAUAUUGGAAAAUCCAUCAGUAAUGUACUGCGAGUAGAUUCACACACUGCUAUGGAAACAAGAAGUAGAUAUGUGAGAAUGUGUGUACAAGUUGAUGUGGAUAAGCCACUGGCUACUGCAGUUUUAAUUGGGAAAUUUGAACAACCUAUUUGUUACGAAGGAUUACAGAGGUUGUGUUUUUCUUGCGAUAGAAUCGGCCAUUGUAAAGAAAAUUGUCCGUAUACAAUUCGAUUUGAGCCAUCGCCGAGGGUGCUUGAAACAAAGGAGGAUGGGAUUUCAGAUGGAUAA